UUAUUUACCCUUCUUUUAUUUUCACGGUCACGAGCAAAGGAGGUGACGAGGAUGACCUGGAGCUGCCUACGAUCGCUUCGCUUCAGGUGUCUCACAUCCAAAGUGGGCGUGUUCAUUCUCCUGCUGUGUGUGACGGGCAUCUGUGUGUUUUGGAGGGGAGAAAUCCCAUCGUACUUCCCGCCUGGAGAGGGAAGACCCUGCGCCUGUGACCGAUGUUUACUUGAAGACGAGCCGUCGUUGGUGGAGCGUUUGAGCAAAAAUGAACCACCGUUUUUGUCACAAAACCACACUCUCUCAGAGAAUCAUUUCAACUGGUGGAGGCGCUUACGGCCGAACAAUACCGACUUCAGUUCCUACAACCAGAUCGUGAAAGAGAUGUUUCAGAUGUUCCCGAAAAACCCUGAAGUGGAAGCAGCCAGCCCCGACCGCUGCAGGACUUGUGCUGUGGUGGGGAAUUCUAUUAAUUUGAGGAGAUCGCAUUACGGACCCCUCAUAGAUUUACAGGAUGUCGUCAUAAGAAUGAACAGAGCUCAUAUCAAAGGCCUUGAGGCGGAUGUUGGGACCAGAACAACUCACCAUAUCAUGUAUCCAGGGAGUUCUAUGGAUUUAGAUAACACCACGCGUCUGGUGCUGUUUGCAUUUAAGAUAUGGGAUCUUCAGUGGCUUAAAAAUGUCCUCAACACAAAAGUCUCAUAUAAAGAAAGACUACUCAAGGCCAACACGGACUUGGUGAUGGUCCUGAAUCCAGCUUUUAUGCGGUAUGUUCAUGACGUGUGGCUUAAUAGGAAGGGCCGUUAUCCAUCCACUGGCUUCCUGGCUUUGAUUCUUGCUCUGCAUAUUUGUGACGAGGUCCAUGCGUUCGGCUUUGGAGCGGACAGUAAUGGGAACUGGAGUCAUUACUGGGAACAUCUCAUAAGAGGGCGGUUUAGAAGUGGAGUGCAUCCUGGACUUUUAGAACCUCCCAGUCGACCAGCUGCAGUAGCCUCGGUCAGACCUCCAUCGAGGACGCGCCGUGGCAGCGGAGGCUGGACAGCAGGAGCCAGUGGACACUCCCGAAACGGCUUCACUCUGGAGACGUGGCAUGAAAGGUGGAUCCUCAUGGGCCGGGGCAGCUUGAGCCUCACCGCUGCAGGACUGAUGACCUUCAGGAUCUCAAACAGUCUUAUGAAUCUGGGUGCCAACUUCUUACACCCUACCUGCAAGGGGAGGUCCCGGGCCGAUAGCCAUACCUACCUGGUAGAUGGGGGCCUUGGAGCGACGCCGGUUGGUCGCCGGUUGGCCGAGAGGAGGAGCGCAACUCUGGCCUCAGCCUGGGCCGAGAGGCAAAACACCUUCUUCUCCAGGGCCGAAAACAGUGGAGGUUGA